CACCCUGUACCCUCCGCACCCCUAAAGAUAUUAUUUGUACAAAGAUACCCUUUCCUGAUAACUGAUAAAGUUAUUUGAACAGUUUUACACCAUAAUUGAAGGCACUAGACUAGAGAGAUGGAUACCCACGCCACUCAGUCUCCCGAGGAGAAAAUGAAGCAAGUCGCUGAAUCCACAAGGGACGAGUCUCACGCCGUCUCCGAAACGGUUGCCACAAACAUAACCUCGAAACAGGCGAUACCUCCCACCGAGACCGCAUCAGAAAGCAGGGAUACCGCAAAGGCAGCGAAAGAUAAAGAUCCACGCACAGAGGCCGCCCGAAGAGCUCGAUUCCGCCAGAUAGCUUUGGAAAAUGCGACAAACUGGGAGAAACCAACUGAAGAUACUGUACCGGGGCUCUUUAUAAGAACGAACUACGACACAGCAUCUAUCCCGCUCCCCAAAAAAAAAGUUUUGUCUGAGGAGGCUAGGAAGCGACUCAAGGAGAACAUGAUAUCCGACGAAGGUUUUAGGUAUCCAUACCAAUUCCCGCCGUUCUCUGAGCCUUCUCUGUCGAAGGAUUCCCGCCGAGGGUAAAGGCUACUAUUACAAUACAGUAGAAGGUGUACACCAUGCUCGCCAACAGGACCAGGACUCGGUUUGUGUUGAGGUAAUCAUGGUGACUCCCAUUAUCCUAGUCAGCUUAAGGAAUCAGAUACUAAAUCAAAACUCUGUUGUAUCC